AUGGUGAACGAGACCGGCUUGCUGUUUCCCACGUUACUCUUUUUUAGUAACAGCUUUGGUGGGUUCGUUCACAACGAUACGCCGGAAGUGCGUGCAGAUCCGGAUAAUGUCGUGUGCUAUGGCAUCUUCGACUGCUUUCCCAUAACGCCCCCGUGGACCAGUGUCCGGCGUCCGAUCGCCCUGUAUCCGGAGGAACCGUCGAAAAUCGAUGUACGGUUUGCCGUGUUCAACGGUGGGAACCGGACGUAUCCCAAGUUCCUAAACAUCGAUGACCCGGACACGGCGCAUACGACCGGCAUCAACCCAGAUGGGACGAUAUACUUCGUUACCCACGGUUUUCUGGAGUCUGGCAAAACGAAAUGGAUUCAGCGAUUGUUAAACCUCCUGCUGGAUAAGGAUCCGCGCUCUACCGUCAUCGUUAUCGACUGGGGAAAGGGCUCAAAUCCGCCGUAUAAUCAAGCGUGUGCCAACAUUCGACUGGUGGGAGCAAUAACUGCACAUAUUAUUCAUAUGAUACACGAAGAGCUUGGCAUGAAGAAUCUGGACAAGGUGCACAUGAUAGGACAUUCGCUUGGAGCGCAUCUCUCCGGCUAUACUGGCAACACGCUGCAAACAAACUUUGGUUUACGCCUCGGGCGAAUAACGGGGCUCGAUCCGGCAGAACUUGCCUUCACCGAGACGGACGAGUUGGUGCGUCUGGACCCCAGCGAUGCAAAGUUCGUCGAUGUUAUCCACAGCGAUGCCACACCGUUCGUGCCGAAGAUUGGGCUGGGUUUGUACGAGCCGAUCGGCCACGUGGACUUCUACCCGAACGGCGGCUUCAACCAGCCCGGCUGCCGACGCGAUUUCUGGAAGCAGCCAAACACGCGGUUCGUUUCGGAGAUGUUCCAGUUCUUCAGCUGCAGCCACUCGCGCGCCUAUCUCUACUUCAUAGAAAGUAUUACAAACCCAGUGUCGACAGUGGCAUGCAGCUCCUACGACAAGUAUAACGCUGGCGAGUGUUUCGACUGCAACAUCGCCAACCCAACGGCGGGUGCGUCAUGUAUCGAGUUUGGCUUGAGCAGCAUAGUGGGAUACAACCUGUUGGUGGGGCAAGGGAUCAUCAAUCCGCAGCAGUACCAGCCGAUUCAGCUAUUUUUCAAGACCGGACCAAGCGAGCCGUACCUGACGGAGAACUUCAAGAUAACGGUUAGAAUCUCUAACACACCGGAGAGCGUCGCUCAUGGGGCGGAGAUAGGCAAGAUAUUCCUGUACAUCCACGGGCCGGGGGGUGUAAAAUCGGAGAAGAUAUUCUUCAACGAACAGUCGAUGUUGUUCGAGCCCGGCCACAACUACUCGAGCGUUAUUGCCGGUUACAGCAGCGGCCAUCCGAAGUCGAUGACCAUUGGAUGGGAGUACGAUACAAACCUGCUGAACCCGCUGACUUGGCGCAUUCUCACGGCCCCACGGGUGUUCAUCGAGCACCUCCAGGUGCAGUCGUUGACGGAACACGUUCAGGCGAAAAUGUGCCCAACGUACAACCAACCAGUCACCACCAACGAGCUAAGCCAGGUGUCUGAGGCAAAGUGCAAGCAUAAGUUGAGGCCCAUGGUUUGA